CAUAAUUUAACUGCAACUUUCGUUCAGACCGAUAAAGGUAAACAAUAAAAUUUAAUAAGCCUAUGAUUUGACUGUGAUGGAAUAGUAAACUGAAAAAAGGAAACAGAAUUCUUUAUAAGAAUUUUAAGAUGGCCAAUAUGCUGAAAUUUUGCAGAUCUGUAUAUGGUAUUACUAGCAACAUUGCAGGAAUCACAAAAUAUGCAGUACAUAAUAUUUCAAGAAACAGUACAUUUCCAAUCUUCAACAUCUCCCAGUUUUCUACAGCAUUUAACACUUUUAAACCAAAUUUUAGCAUUAUGAACAAUCUUUUGAAACCAACUAACACUUGUAAUCAAAUACAGCAACAAAGAAAUUACCGAAGAAAAUUCGAGUAUAAGACAUUCAGUGAGGAUGUACAGUUGUAUCUCAUUCAUAAGGCAGAACCCAAAAAAAUACACAAAAGAAAACAUCCUUUGGAUAGCAGACCACAAAUGAAAGGUGUUGUUUUGAAGACUUUAGUAAAGAAGCCCAAAAAACCCAAUUCAGCUAAUAGGAAAUGUGUCCUGGUUCGUUUAUCUAAUGGCAAAGAAGCAGUUGCAUAUGUUCCAGGUGAGGGACACAAUUUGCAGGAACAUAAUACUGUCCUGGUAAGAUUUGGGCGUGUUAAGGAUGUACCAGGAUUAAGACUCAAAGUCAUUCGUGGAAAAUACGAUUGUGGUCAUGUUGUGAAAAAAGGAAGUACAGUGCGUAUUUAAUUGUAUGAAUAUGUUAAGUGUGAUAGUGCAUAGAAUAAAUGAGAUUCAUUAUUUCUGUUUUAA